UUUACAUAGAGCUCUUCGUCAGGUCUGGGAGAGCCAUUGUAGGCAAGACAGAGUACAUGAAGACAGGCUCUUCCUGAAUAAACCCUCUUGACCAGGGGUUCUCAAACUUCAUUGCACCACAACCCCCUUCUGACAACAAAAAUUACUACAUGACUCCAGGAGCCCGCCCGAGCUUUACAACCCUGGGCGGGAGGGAGGGGCCGAAGCCCAACGACUUCAGCCCCAAGUGGGGGGCCUAUAGCCUGAGCCCCGUUGCCCAGGGCUGAAACCCUUGGGCUUCCGCCCUCAGUGGUAGGGCUCGGGUUUCAGCUUUGGCUCUGAGCAGUGAGGCCAGGACUUUGGCUUUAGCCCCAGGCCCAGGCAAGUCUAACACCUGCCCCGGCGACCCCUUUAUAACAGGGUCGCGACCCACUUUGGGGUCCUGACCCAGAGUUUGAGAACCACUGCUCUUGACUCUACAACCACAUACAUACUAACAGUAACUUUGACUGAUUCUCUUCUCCAUCCCACCACACAGGUGUUAAUUAAUUAAGGCUAGGAUUUUCAAAAGAGCCUAUGUAUAGACAGAAGAAUCUUUUAAAAUUUGCACCUAAGUCUAUUGAGAUAAAUAGGAAUUACACAGAAAAUUGCUCACUUGUGUAGCUAGCAACUUUAAAUGUUAAUUAUUUAACUUUUAAUAAUUUGCUUUUCACUGUUUAUAUUUCUUUUUCUGCUUUUUCCUCAGCUUGAAGAAUUAAACAAGACCCAUCACAGUGCUAUUAUGUUCAGGUUUCCAGUAGUACAGAGGAACAUUUACAUUUUAAAAAUUCUGUUUUCAUAAUUAAUAUUUUGUUUCCCUUUAAACUGGCAUGAAAAACUCCUCCUGUGUGUAGUCCCAUUAAGCUCAAUGGUACUGCUCACAUAAGUGAAGUAUUUGCAGCCUGGGACCAUUUAGUUUGUGCUCAGUGAAUAUUGAAAAGUUUAGUGGAAUGGAACUUGCCUCCAAAAAUAAAAAAGUAAAAAUCUAUAUGAUACUUAUUUUAGGUUCUGUGAAAGAAAGGACUACUUAAAUAAAAGGAGACAUUUAUCCCUUGAGCCCCCAUUGAAAGCAUAUUCCAAAUAAAAACAGCAGCAUGAACGAGAACAUUUGUGAUGACAUGUACAACAAUGUCAGCUCAGUUGCCAUGGAUCUAUCUAAUUUAGUGACUUGGGCACAUACUCAUGGAACUAUAUGCAGUCAAAUCCCAAGCUUGGAAAUUAUACAGAAUAUGGGACAUCCCACCAGGGACAAUUCUGUUUUAUGGAUAUGUGAAUCUGGACAUGCAUAUCACUGGCCCUGUGGGGCAUUAUACUUCAGAAGCCAGGAGGAAAGGGAGGAAGCUGCAGAACAGAAAAAGAGGUCCAGAAGCUAUGACUCCUGGUCAGUGGAACAUAAUUUAAGUGAAAAGAGAUACAGGGUAGCCUCACCUUUUGAAAAAAAGAAAGCUGACUCAGUUAACAUGGGAUCAUGUAGCAGAUCCCCCGAAAUAAUGCAAAAGAAAGAGGACACAUUUUGUGUAAUGUCUGAUAUAACAAUGACAAAAGAAAAGCAGAGUGGAGUAGUUCCUCAGAAAGACAGCUACUCCAUGAGGUCAUGCUUUGCUGCAGAGCUGAGUCUUCCAUCAACUGACUAUCAUGCCAAAACUGACCAUGGUAAUGCAGAGCCAGAAAGCAGGGAGGACCUGCAAGACAUCUCUGAUGAAGAAGAAUUUGAAACAGAUACAGGAGACCAAAUAUGCAGAAGUAAUUGUGAUUCUGAAAGAGUAUUCCAGAAUAAAGAAGGAUCUGCUGAGGAAGAACUGCAAAUGCACAGAGAUAGUAAGGUCAUUAGCAAACGAGCAGCCAACCAGACAUCAGUUUCUGUCUUUAAAGAAAAGGCUGCAGUAAUUCCCUGUUUACAGGAGACUUUAGAAGACAGCCAUCAUAGGAGCCUGGAAAGCAACUGCUUGAAGUUAGCAGCUCUUCAUCCUACAAAGUCCAAAAGCAAAACCUCUAAAGCAGGGAAUUCCUGUGAAUCAACAGCAUCCAAAGAACAGUUAAAGCCCUUUCCUGCUUCCAACAGGGAAACAAAGGCCCAGUUAGAGCCACCCUCAUUCCUGGCUUUCUAUGACACUGCAUUCCCUGGAGCUGUCCAUCAGCAGCUCCAGCUGUGCCCAUCUGUGUGUGCCACAUCAGAAAUGGGACUAGCUGGGAACCGUGCUGAAGUACCUACUGAGGAGAGCAAACAGCCAGGACCACCGAAUGCUGCAAUUUCUUUAGCUCUGCCUACUCUGGAGAAUGAAAACUCUGAGGACAAUCUGCCUGUGUCUUCAAACAAAAAGACAUUGAAGAAGUCGGAGAGUAAGAGAAUUCGUAAUAUUGGUGAUAUAAAAAUGUUCAGAGACUGGUUGGCUUCACAUUAUCCUUCUGAAACGCGUGAGAUCUUCACACUGCCACCUGCAGACCUUGAUAAUUACCUAGCCUCCUUCUAUACUAGAGUGAGGAAGCAGAAUGGCACAGAGUUUUCCGCCAACUCUUUAUUCUUCUUUCAGAGCAGUAUAGACAGAUACCUCAAGGAACACAAGUAUGAGUAUAGUGUGAUUAAAGGGUCUGAGUUCACAGCAUCUCAGGAAGCUUUAAAAGUAAAAUGCCAGCAUCUAGCACUGAAGGAGAGGGAGAGAGAUUGGAAUAUUUUGGAAAACCUGACAGAUAAAGAUGUAGAGGAUCUUCGUAAAAAGGGCAUACUGAGUCGAAUGCAUCCCGAAGGAUUUCUGCACCUAAUGCUUGUAAACAUCAUCCGAGGCUUUGGGACAAACACACACAGUCAGACUCCAAAUCUGUGGUGGGGGCAGAUUGUGUUAAAAGAGAAUGAGGAGGGAUUAGAGUACUUGGAGUGGAAAGAUGAUCUGAACACACAGGCAAGCACAGAAGAGUCAGUUCUAUGUAUUUAUGCCAAACCUGAUAAUCCAGGCAACUGUCCAGUCAGGGACUAUAAGGAGUAUGCUAAGAGAAGGCCAUUGGAUAUGCAUCAUGACCGUGAUCCAUUUUACUUAUCUCCUAAACCUUUGUGCUGCAUAUGGGACCAAAUAUGGUACUGUAGAAAAUCACUGACAAAAACCAAAAUGGAGAAAAUGAUGAAAGUCAUUGUCCAGCAAGUUAAAGGAUCUGAAAAAAGGUCCAUGAAAUAAGAGUUACCAGUUUGAUUUCUGCUGUGCCUAUUUUGGUAUAAGUAUGAUUUAAAUCAGUUUUGGAGUUGUUUAAAAUGACAGCAGUUAGAAUAGGUAGCGAGGGAACCCCUCUUCUCAGCAGAUUGCCCGAAGUACUUACGAAGUUUUGUUGUUAAAUUGACUACCACCUUCAUUUUCAACAUGGAGGACAAGAAAAAGACCACGGAUAGAAUUCAUUCUUGCAUUCUAUUUACUGAAUUAAAUCUAAAUCCUGGAUUUAAAACACUGUUGAUGUUCUAUUGAAUUAGCUCAGUAAUGUUAAUGUUGAAAGGACCUGUGUUUGAGUACCCUGGCUGAGAAUUACAGGUACGUUCAGUGGAGGUGGGGAGGGGAGAAAUUGAUCUGGUUGUAAACCAAGCUUGUGGUCUAAUGUGUAAUUUAUCUGUAUCUUUUUAUUGUAAAGAGAGAAACAGGUGGAGCUGGCUUUGGGAAUAAAGAAGAAUGAUGAAAGAUCACCCAUAGUUGCCAGCUACUAAUCCAUAGCUAAUCAGAAUGUUUUAUACAUAAGUGUUUAGAUCAAUUCUUAUUUUUCUAAAUGAGGAAGAAAUUCUUACAUUUGAGACGUUCUGAAUGUGUUUUAGUAAGUUACCAACUCCCCAAAUGCAGUUAAUAGCAUUGAAAAGUUUUAUAGCAGCUCUUUUCCUCUGUGCGAUAACCAUAGUCUGUAGAGGAUUAGAGUCAGUAGUCAAAUUCUGUAAUUCAGUUCAAAAGUUGUUUAACAGAUGUAUUUUCUUAAUGUCCAGUCGUAAUUGUUGACAUUUCAUAAUAAACAAAAUUUUACUUCAUUACUGUCAGUCUGUUCCAAGGUGAAACCAGUAACCCAGUACUGGUAUCAUUUCAUUUCUAUUGUUCAAAUCGCUAUGAUAUACUAUGAUUAUACUAUUAUCA